UUCGUUGGGUUGUUCACGCAUGCGCAGACGGUCUGUUUUCAAACGAGUGGGAAUAGCCUUAGCAUCGAUAGCAGAAGUGAAGCAAAAUCACAUUUAUUAUCUAUCGUGUUUAUCUUCAACCUAAAGUUUUCACCAUGGAUAUGGAAACUGGGACAUACGAGCCGGGGUUUGUUGGAAUCCGGUUUUGUCAAGAAUGUAACAACAUGUUGUACCCUAAAGAGGACAAAGAGAACCGGAUCCUACUCUAUGCGUGCAGGAACUGUGACUACCAACAAGAGGCGGACAACAGCUGCAUCUACGUCAACAAGAUCACCCACGAAGUUGAUGAGCUGACACAAAUCAUCGCUGAUAUUUCUCAGGAUCCAACACUACCCAGGACAGAGGACCACCCCUGUCCAAAGUGUGGUCACAAGGAGGCAGUGUUCUUCCAGUCUCACAGUAUGAAGGCUGAGGACGCUAUGAGACUGUACUACGUGUGCACAGCUCCUCACUGUGGACACAGAUGGACGGAGUAAAGCGGAAGAUGAUGAAGAGGUCUAACAUUUUAUCUACAGUAAAUCUGCAACAGAGUUUUUUUAACUCUUCCACAACUGCUGGUGUUUGUAUAUCCUGAAACCAUCCUUUUUUUUUGUCUUUUUAGUUUCCAUCAUGUGAAUAUAUUGUAUUAAUAGGUAUUUUUUAUAUAACAGUUUUCAUUCAGGUGUGUUUUGUUAGAUUAAAAGAAUCAAUUGUU